AUGAAGAGAAAGCGUUGCAAGGAUAUAUCUCCUAGAUCUAAUCUAAAGUCUUCAAAAUCUUCCGACUUAAUACUUAGUGAAACUAAGCCUUUAACAUGUAGUGAUCCUACUGGUUAUAAAAUUAAAAUUUCAACUUCUUUUAAACGUCUUCUUCGAAAUGAAUACUGUUUUAAACGUUACGUAAAUAAAAGAUUAGCACAAGAUUUGGGAAGAUGUUCAUGUACAAAGUCUUGUGAUCAAUAUUGUACAAAUAAAUCUAUUUAUAUAGAAUGUAAUAAGGAUACUUGCCAAAUCUGCAAACAAGGCAGUAAAGAUUGUGGAAAUUGUAGAUUUACACUAAGACAGUAUAAACUUGUAACUUUAUUUGAUACAAAAUCUAAAGGUAUUGGGUUAAGAACAGCAGAGGAUAUAAAAUUAGGGGAAUUUGUUAUUGAAUAUGUGGGCGAAAUUAUUAAUUUAAAACAACUUGAAGAGAGAAAAAAAAUGACAAGUAAGCUAACAAAGCAUAUUUACGUGUUUAGUUUGGGAAAUGAAACAUAUAUUGAUGCCACAUAUAAAGGGAAUUUAGCAAGAUUUAUUAAUCACUCUUGUGAACCAAAUUUAGUUGCUCAAAAGUGGUUUGUAGGAUCUGAUAUAAAAGUUGGAUUAUUUUCUUUAAAGGAUAUUAAAGCUGGAGAUGAAUUAACAUUUGAUUAUAGAUUUGGGACCUCAAUUUCUGGUGAUCAACCUUUUGAGUGUAUGUGUGGAAGUAAAUUAUGUGAAAAGCGGAUCUCAAAUACAAAAGAUUCUAGGAUAUAUAAUGAAAUAACAAAUCAAUAUAAAAUGACUAUAUCUAAUUUCUUGAAUGUAAAAAGUUUAAGUAAACCUAUGCAGAGAUUUAAACAUCUAGUUUAUAUUUUAGAUUUAGAGUAUCCUAUGGUAACUAAAUAUAAAGAUUUAAAUUUUAAUAACAAAAGUAACAAAUCAUAUUGCAAAUCUUUAAAUCUAUCGGAAAAUCUUUAUAAGAAAUAUCAAUCACAUAAUUUAAAUAACUUAAAAAUAAAGUUAAAUUACCAAAAUUAUGAUAUAAAAUUAUAUUUAAAUAAUAUUUUAGAGUCAUCAUGCAUAAUUAUGGACAUAUUCUAUAUAUCAUUAUCUUGGGUUAUAUGGUCAUCCUUUAAUCAGUUUAAUAUUAGCCACUAUAACUUCAAACCUAUAUAUGAAAGUUUUCCUUGGGCACUUUUUCCUUGGAACACUAAUAAAUAUAUAAUUCAAGAGAUAGAAAACUAUUCUCUAUUUAUAUAUAAUCGUUCACAAUUAACAAGAAAUCUUAGUGCUCGUGAACUUCAGAUCCGUCUACGUCAAAUUCUUAAUAAUAAACAAAGUAACAUUUUAGAUAUAAUUGAAACAUGGUCAAAUGACGAAGUAUGCCAAGAUUGUGGUUCAGCUGGUAAUUUGAUCAGUUGUGAUAAUUGUUGGUCAUCUUAUCAUAUUUCCUGUGCAAAGUUAAUAAUGUCCCCUUCAUCUUUAAAGCAAUGGGUUUGUAUAUUAUGCAGGAAAUAUAAAACUAGGUGA